GACUAAGAUGCAGAAAAUAGCUUUUGACGCAUGCUGAUCGUCAGUUUCUAUUUGCAGUACCCAUGUCACAAUAUUUCAUUCCGCAGUUAAACUUGCACAGAUCAACAUCGCAUACGAUACUGUCUUCAAAUAUUUCCCCCAAAUCAACACAAACACGAGAACAAAAGACAGCCAUGUCAGACAACAAGACGAAGGAGGUAGCAGAACCUACUGAUGAGGUCGAGAAUCAGGCAGCAGCUGAAGCCACAGUUUCCAGUGAAGACGAACUUGAAAAGGAAGAACCUAAACAGGAAGAACAAGCUGUUGAAGAUGCACGAGAACUAGUCAUUGUUGAUCAGGAUGCCUUUGAUGUCGACUUGAACCACAGCCGUGUUGCUAAGAUAGAAAACUUGGAAAAUUUAACAAGAUGUGAGACCCUGUGUCUCCGUCAGAACCUGGUGAAGAAGAUCGAGGGUUUGAGCACCCUGGUGACACUGCGGGAGCUGGACUUGUACGACAACCAGCUGACCAAGAUUGAGAACCUGGAGGCACUUGUAAACCUGGAACAACUUGAUUUGUCUUUCAACCACAUUCGGACAAUUGAAGGUUUGGAGGGUCUCACAAGAGUGACGAAACUGUUUCUGGUGCAGAACAAGAUACAGACGGUUGAGAACAUCGAGCAUCUGGUCAAUGUGGAGAUGCUGGAACUAGGUGCUAACAGAAUCAGGAAAAUACAGGGUAUUGACAAGCUGACCAGACUGAGCAGCCUGUUCCUUGGGAAGAAUAAAAUCACAACAUUGUCCGGGCUUGACACCCUGGUCAACCUCACUUGUCUCAGUAUACAGGACAACCGCCUAGUGACGAUACAGGGGCUGGAGUGUCUAGUCAACCUCGAGGAGCUGUACAUGAGCCACAAUGGCAUUGAGAAGAUCCAGGGACUUGACAAGAAUUUGAGGUUGACAACUCUGGAUCUUGCAGAAAAUAAAAUUAAGAAGAUUGAAAAUAUUGCACAUCUCACAGAACUUCAAGAAUUUUGGUUCAAUGACAACCAGGUGUCUACCUGGGACAAUGUGGAUGCUCUCAUCCCCCUCAAGAACCUGGAGACAGUCUACCUGGAGAGGAACCCUCUCUGGUACGAUCCGUCCGACAACAAGAAGGUGGACGUCAACUACCGAAGAAAGAUCAAACUGGCGUUGCCCUGGAUUAAGCAGAUAGACGCAACUCUUUCUCGAUGAUGAUCUGUAGUAGUUAGCGAAUUCUCUGUCCAGUUCAUCAAGAGUGCUUGGAGUUUGUAAUUAAGUAAAAUUGACAAAAUACAACACUUUUUAAAAAUGUGUUAUAUUACACAAAUAUCUUUGUUAAUGCUAUGAAAUCCCAUACUUUGUAUUAAUGAAUUCAUGUGCUUUUUCAACGUAUUAAGUGCUGAGGUAGAUACUAGAACCUACUUCUUUAACUAGCCUAAGCUUAUGACUAUGUCUUUACAGUAUGAAAAUAAUAACUUAUGGUAUAAAGGAAAUCUCUAUCUUAUAGGACAGGUUUUCAUGAUAUUCAGGAGGAGCGUCUUAUAGAUAGGCACUUGACAGAUCACAUAGAGAAUAUCUACGUGUGUAACUUUGAUAUCUUUUUAUGUUACUAUUAUAGGGUGUAUAUGUGGAGCUCUGUCCAACAUGUUGUCCUGAGCUUCUCUGUAGUAGAUCUCUGUCCAACAUGUUGUCCUGAGGUUCUCUGUAGUAGAUCUCUGUCCAACAUGUUGUCCUGAGGUUCUCUGUAGUAGAUCCAGGGGUAUAUGUGGAGCUUUGUCCAACAUGUUGUCCUGAGGUUCUCUGUAGUAGAUCUCUGUCCAACAUGUUGUCCUGAGGUUCUGUAGUAGAUCCAGGGGUAUAUGUGGAGCUGUGUCCAACAUGUUGUCCUGAGGUUCUCUGUAGUAGAUCCAGGGGUAUAUGUGGAGCUGUGUCCAACAUGUUGUCCUGAGGUUCUCUGUAGUAGAUCCAGGGGUAUAUGUGGAGCUGUGUCCAACAUGUUGUCCUGAGCUUCUCUGUAGUAGAUCCAGGGGUAUAUGUAGACUCUGUCCAACAUGUUGUCCUGAGGUUCUCUGUAGUAGAUCCAGGGGUAUAUGUAGACUCUGUCCAACAUGUUGUCCUGAGGUUCUCUGUAGUAGAUCCAGGGGUAUAUGUAGACUCUGUCCAACAUGUUGUCCUGAGCUUCUCUGUAGUAGAUCCAGGGGUAUAUGUGGAGCUGUGUCCAACAUGUUGUCCUGAGGUUCUCUGUAGUAGAUCCAGGGGUAUAUGUAGACUCUGUCCAACAUGUUGUCCUGAGCUUCUCUGUAGUAGAUCCAGGGGUAUAUGUAGACUCUGUCCAACAUGUUGUCCUGAGCUUCUCUGUAGUAGAUCUCUGUCCAACAUGUUGUCCUGAGGUUCUCUGUAGUAGAUCCAGGGGUAUAUGUGGAGCUGUGUCCAACAUGUUGUCCUGAGGUUCUCUGUAGUAGAUCCAGGGGUAUAUGUAGACUCUGUCCAACAUGUUGUCCUGAGCUUCUCUGUAGUAGAUCCAGGGGUAUAUGUAGACUCUGUCCAACAUGUUGUCCUGAGCUUCUCUGUAGUAGAUCUCUGUCCAACAUGUUGUCCUGAGGUUCUCUGUAGUAGAUCCAGGGGUAUAUGUGGAGCUUUGUCCAACAUGUUGUCCUGAGGUUCUCUGUAGUAGAUCUCUGUCCAACAUGUUGUCCUGAGGUUCUGUAGUAGAUCCAGGGGUAUAUGUGGAGCUGUGUCCAACAUGUCCAUAUCCUUUGAUAGUGAAAAGCGUUAUUUGUACCUAUACUGAUUCAUGUCGACACCAUUCCACUGCAGGAAAACAUGGCUAGAUCUCCUAGGGACAGUUAAUAAUUGUUUGUUAUGUUUUUAGUUUGUUAGUAACUAAACCUUGUCUGACAUUUUGUUUUCGCCCUACUCAGCCUAUGAAAUAUUGAAGGAUAAAAAGCAACAGAGCUGAUAGAUUACUGUAGCUUUGUGUAGACUUUGGAAUAUCAAAUACUGAAGCAAUGUCAUUUUUACUAAAGCCUUUUAUCAACUACAGUUGUUGUUGGUUUGUUAAAUUACCAAAGUUUACAACUGGAUGUCUUACAUUUGCAACAAUAACUUGUGACAAUGUUAAAGCACCUGAUCGGGUGUGCACUGAUUCACUGCUAUUUGUAAUUGCCACAACUGAGGUCAACUGUACUGCAUAUCAUCUUCCUGAGGCAAGGGAAUUAAUUGACUAUAAAAGUCCGGUUUCCAACCUUGCCGAACUAGGCUGGUUUAUAGAGUUAUACUUUGGCUGGACUAACAAGGCUAUGCGUAGUCCAAUCAA